AUAUUUUGAGAAGAUUCACCCUAUAGAGAGUUUAUCUUCCGAUGCAGAAUCUACUUACUGCUUUUCCAUCCACCGCCUAUCUCUCCUCUCUAAGUUCCUUCUUCUUCUGAGAGAAGAUGUGCAGGUCUCAAAUUCAUGUUUGUUGCACACAGAAAUAGAUGCCUAAUGAUUUCCUUGCUGUUUCUCUUGAUUUCAAACCUCACCCAAGUGAGAUUCAUUUCUGACGGAAGAACAAUUUCCAAGCUACUUGAAGUUCCAAAGGUAUCAAACCCAGAACCUUAAUUCAUGUACAGUUUUCCUCUUCUUUAAAUUACUUGAGAGUAAAAUUCAGUGCACAGAAAGGAAUUGGGGAGGAGAAGGCAAUGGUGAUGAGACUGAUAGGGUCAAGGUCACCAAGGUGUGAUAGAAUGUGCAGUUCCUGUGGGUACUGUGAGGCAAUUCAGGUCCCUAUUGAUAUUGACAAAAAAGAGAGAAGCCACUUCACUGAUGCCACUCUCUCAAUUGCUGACUCCAGAGGUGAAGACAUCUCUAACUACAAACCCAUCAGUUGGAAAUGCAAGUGUGGUGACGUUAUUUUCAAUCCUUGAUUUAAAAAAAAAAAAGGGAUGGGCUUGAAUUGCCCCUUGCACUCUGGAUAUAUGGCUUCAAUUGAGUUACACUAAUUCUCCUGCUGCAUUGAAGAAAUAUCAAAUAGUGUC